AUGGCUCUCCGCGCCCCCUCAGCAGGGCUUCUGCAUAGCAUGCGAUGCGCUCUCAACCAGCAGCUCCCUCGACGAGCAGCUCUCACGCUGAGAGCAGGAUCUAGCUAUCAUGUUAGGGGCGUUGCCAGCUUCACGCACGCUCACCAGGCGUCUGCCAUCUCCGUGCUGCCCACCACCGUCGAUACCUCGUCCGCAGACUUCCAGGAGAACGCCAAACAGAUGGAAGAAGUCCUCAAGAAGAUGAACGACCUGCACGCCAAAAUCGCCCAGGGAGGCUCUCAGAAGGCUCGUGAUAAGCAUAUUGCGCGUGGGAAAAUGUUGCCCCGAGACAGAGUGACCGCUCUUAUCGAUCCGGGCACCUCGUUCCUCGAGCUCUCUCCGCUGGCAGGCCAUGAAGUCUACCCGGGCGACGAUGUGCCCUCCGGCGGUAUCAUUACCGGAAUCGGCAUGGUCGAGGGUGUCAACUGCAUGAUCGUUGCCAACGACAGCACCGUCAAGGGCGGUACCUACUACCCCAUCACCGUCAAGAAGCAUCUCCGUGCCCAGGCCAUUGCUCAGGAAAACAAGCUACCCUGCAUCUACCUCGUCGACUCUGGCGGUGCCAAUCUGCCCCAUCAGGCCGACGUCUUCCCGGACAAGGAGCAUUUCGGUCGUAUCUUCUUCAACCAGGCCCGUAUGAGCUCGCUCGGCAUUCCUCAGAUCUCUGUGGUUAUGGGCCCAUGCACGGCCGGAGGUGCCUACGUUCCCGCCAUGUGUGACGAGUCCAUCAUCGUCGAGAACCAGGGAACCAUUUUCCUUGCCGGCCCGCCGCUGGUCAAAGCGGCUACUGGUGAAAUCGUCUCCGCCGAAGACCUUGGUGGUGGUAAACUGCACUCCACCAUCUCCGGUGUGACCGACUACCUGGCCGUCGACGACGCCCAUGCCCUGACCUUGGCCCGCAGGUCGAUAUCGAAUCUCAAUUGGCCCAAGACCACUUCGCCGUUGACACCCACAUCAGCUUCUACCGAACCCAUCAAGGAACCCCUGUACCCAACCUCCGAACUCGCCGGGAUAAUAGGCACCAAUCUCCGUCGCCAGGUUGAUGCACACGAAAUUAUCGCCCGCAUCGUCGACGGCUCUGAAUUCUCCGAAUUUAAACGCGACUACGGCACCACCCUCGUGACUGGCUUUGCACGCAUUUACGGCACCCAGGUCGGAAUCGUCGCCAAUAACGGAAUCCUCUUCUCCGAAUCGUCGCUCAAGGGCGCACAUUUCAUUGAGCUCUGCACCCAGCGAAACAUCCCCUUGCUCUUCCUGCAGAAUAUCUCCGGUUUCAUGGUCGGAGCUGAUGCUGAAAAGGGCGGUAUUGCAAAGAACGGUGCUAAGCUGGUUACCGCCGUUGCCUGUGCGGAUGUUCCCAAGUUCACUGUCGUAUAUGGCGCUAGUGCCGGCGCAGGUAAUUACGGAAUGUGUGGCCGUGCCUACUCGCCUCGCUUCCUAUUCAUGUGGCCCAACGCAAAGAUUGGCGUCAUGGGCUCUGAACAGCUAACCAAUGUCAUGGCCGCUGUUGGCAAGAGUGUUGACCCUUCGCUACGUGACCGUAUCGACGCCGAGAGCGAGGCUGUCUUCUCGUCCGCGCGUCUCUGGGAUGACGGUGUUAUCCCCCCGGCCGAUACGAGAAAGGUGUUGGGACUCUGUCUAGCUGCCUCCGUCGGCGGACGUUCCGAGGAUGCAAAGACCAAGUUUGGUGUUUUCAGAAUGUAG